UUCCCAGGAGCCCGUGCGGCCGGCCAGGGACGAACAUGGCGACGGGGUCUGGGAGACCCUGAGGCGGCGGCGGCGGCGGCGGCGGCGAUGGAGCCUUCGCCGGCCCCGGGCCCGGAGCGGCUCUUUGAUUCCCACCGGCUCCCCAGUGACGGCUUCCUGCUGCUCGCUCUGCUCCUCUACGCGCCCGUCGGGCUCUGCCUCCUGGUGCUCCGCCUCUUCCUCGGGCUCCAUGUGUUCCUCGUCAGCUGCGCGCUGCCAGACAGCGUCCUCCGCAGGUUCGUGGUCCGGGCCAUGUGUGCGGUGCUGGGGUUUGUGGUCCGACAAGAGGCUCCCCGGCUCCGCGAUCCCAGCGUCAGGGUCUUUAUUUCCAAUCACGUGACACCUUUUGACCACAACAUGGUCAACCUUCUCACCAGCUGUAGCACCGUGAGUGUGUCGAAGGGGGGAGGGACCCUAACCCACUCGGCCUUCAGGGGUCCUCCAGCCCUUCCCCUGAUGAGUUUCCUCUCCUCCCAGGGCCACUCGGAGCCCAACAAUCCUUUUUCUUCCUCUCUACCCCUUCCCCUUAUUUCUGGUGCCACUCCCUUGUCCCCUCCCUCCCAGCCUCUGAUCAACAGCCCCCCUGGCUUCGUGUGCUGGUCUCGAGGCUUUGUGGAGCUGGAUGGCAGUGGGGAAUUGGUGGAGUCGCUGAAAAGAUUCUGUUCUUCGAGGGGAAAUCCACCAACCCCCUUGUUGCUGUUCCCCGAAGAAGAGGCAACCAAUGGCCGAGAGGGACUCUUGCGCUUUAGUUCUUGGCCAUUUUCUAUCCAAGAUAUGGUUCAACCACUUGCCCUUCAGGUCCAGAGGCCCUUGGUCUCUGUGACAGUGUCCGAUGCCUCCUGGGUCUCGGAGCUGCUCUGGUCACUUUUCGUCCCCUUCACUGUGUAUCAAGUAAGAUGGCUUCAUCCUGCCCAUCGACAGCCAGGGGAAGGGGGUGAAGCAUUUGCCCUCCGUGUCCAGCAGUUGGUGGCCAGGGAACUGGGUCAGAGAGGGACUCGGCUCACACCUGCAGAUAAAGCAGAACAUAUGAAGCGGCAGCGACACCCAGCAACAUAUCUCCCCCAGUCAGCUCGAUCUUCUACCCCUUCUACGUCUGGCCUCACCCCCAACAGGCAGCUGGCAGAUCUUUCACAAAGAGUCAAAGAGGUUUUACCCCAUGUCCCAAUUGGCGUCAUCCAGAGAGACCUGGCCCGUACUGGCUGUGUAGACACAACUAUCACUAAUCUGUUGGAGGGAGCUGUAGCCUUUGUGCCAGAGGAAAUUGCUGAGGGGUCUCAGACCCUUCCACCUUCUGGGCCCCUUCCCACAACUUCUGUCUCCAAGUCCCCCGGCUCUGACCCCGUGACCCCUCAGCCUGCAGCUCUGUUUGCCAAGUCUUCCUGGGCCCGUCAGGAGAGCCUGCAGGAGAGGAAGCAGGCACUAUAUGAAUACGCCCGAAGGCGAUACACAGAGAGACGGGCCCAGGAGACUGACUGAGCCCAAAGGAGAAGGAGCAAGCCAGGGCCGCAGGACUGAAGCCAGGGGGCAGGCCCCCCCACACACAGGCCGGAUGGGUGGGUUGUGUGAAGGGAGGGAAGGGGGCUCCCCAACUUCCCAUUAAAUUCAGGGUUUUCACUCAA